AGUCAAAAGAAUGAAAACUGGAUGAGAAGUUCGUUUGAUAAGAAGAAGUGAUCUGAAGGUUUCGUCGAAGUUUGGAGACUCCGAGAGGCUGUGCUCACGAAUGCUGUAAUUGUAUCCCAACGCGAUGUCGGUUGCUUCAGCCGUUGCUAGUUUGCUGUUCCGCUCCACUGCCGUUGUUGGCGUUGGAGGUGCUGUGGGUGUUGGCUCCGUCAAGGGCAAUGUGUGGGGUACUCCUGCAGAAUCAGCACAAAUCGUGGACAGCCUUAACAGCAAAGCCGGAGUCUUCGAUGGCACGAUAACCGAUUCCGUGCGCAGACGCUGGAACAAUGGUGUGACGGCUGUGCUAUCAACCGCAUGUAAUCGUAAUCAGCAAUGGGACAGGGCGUACAACUACACAGCAACUGGUGUCAAGAACGUUGCUGAGAAGCUCAAGUGAACAGCCUCCAUAUGUAUAGUCAUAUGCCUAUGGCUCCCUGUAGACUCACUGCUUUUCUAACGCAUGCUCCCAUCCCAGUCAUAUGACAACAUAAUAAUUAUGAUCAUCUUGUACAUGGCCCGCUCUUUAGCUUUCUGGUGCAGGGAACGUUUCAUAUGCAUCCAUCAACAAGACAACUUGCAGGUGCCCCUGUGGCAAUUUGCCUUGCUGUUCUCUGCUCUCACUGUCCUCGCAUCCACUUGAAGAAUAGUUUCUCUGGUGCUUGACACCAUUAUGAUUAUGUUGCUGCUGGCUGGCAUCUUUCAGACUUAGUUCUAAGCAUUUAUCUUUCUUGAAACUGUACAUCGACACCGA